AUGUCGCCCUUGUUUGUUGCCCAACUUCUUCUUCUUCUUCUUCGUUGGCCGCUCGUAGCUGCCGAAAAAACGCCCGUGACACACGAAUUCACGGCCUUGACCCCGCCAUUGUCGUUGUCUCAAGGCGAAGUUACGAACACGUUCCAUCGUCUUGCGAUCCCAAAAGGUCCCAUUGCCGUGUACCGUUUCCAAGCCGAGGUGGUGGAGAAAGAUGCCUAUGGAAAUGUAGUGCCCGUACCCACGUACGACGCGUAUCUCCACCACCACGUCUUUGGCUCAACGCACAAGCAAUACGACGUCAUGAAGGGCCGGUAUGCUCCCAUGAAGCCCAAAAACUUCAGUCGCAGCGUGGCAUUUGGAGCUGGCACGGAAUGCCGAGGCACGCCACAGGAAUUUUACUUCCCGUAUGCCUUUAUGACAGUCGACGGGGAGGACGAGUGGGUGGCCAAUGUGCACAUUAUCAACACUCGGAACAUGACACAGGAGCGUGCCCAUAGCUGUCUGGAAUGCCCCUGUACGUCUGAAGACGUGGUCACUGCGGACGCAGUGAACGGCCUCAAGUUUCGUGCUAACAGCUGCAACGCCCGGCUCUUGUGGGAGAAAAAUACGGCGUGCGCUGCUAGCACAUACCAUGGUGGACUUCGGUGCUGUAAAGAUGCCGAGUUGUGCCUGGAACGAGAUGAGCUGGAAGUCGACGCAGCAAGUGAUGCCACGUACUACUUGCAGUAUUCCUUGCAGUACGCUGAGAUCGUACCGCAAAAUCGUCCGUUGUAUCUAGCAGCUUGUUGUGAUGCAUCGGGUGAUCUGGAGCACAUGGGGAAUGUUGAGUACGACGUACCGGUGUGUGACCCGGAGACGCAUCCUGGAUGCGUUCACACGCUGUCGACCAGACAGCGGAUUGAUAAUGGCAGCAUCCCCUUGUUCGCGUACCGUCCACAUGCACCAGAGCCCGAGCGAGAGGUGGAGCUGGUGUAUGCAGUAGGUCACCAACAUCGCGGUGGGCUGGGUAUUCAGCUUUAUGACGACGCCACGGGUGACUUGUUGUGCGCUUCUGUACCUGAGUAUGGCUCCGGAACCGAGGCUGGCAACGAAGAUGGCUACAUCGUGUCAAUGAGCACCUGCACGUUUGACCCACCUCGUCGUAUGCGUACGACGGAUAUCGUUCGAGUCGUGGCGCUGUAUAACAACACGCUGCCGCAUACUGGAGUGAUGAGUCUCAUGUACAUUGCACUGAGCGAUUUUCCGCUGGCCGGAUCGGCUGCUGUUGGACUAUCGGCGACGCUCUCGGGCAGUAAUAACUGGGGAUGGCUCAUGUUGGGCGUCGUUGUUGCAGCUGUUGCUUGUGCGUUGGCUCUGGCCAUCGUGAUGCGCUGGAAACAUCGAUCGGGAUACAGUUCGCUGCGACCUCAAACGAACUAG